AUGUUUGGUCUUCCUGGACUUUUAUGUACAAUAGAUCAGAAAGGUGAAGCUAAUAGUGUCGUAUUAGAAGAUGUAGACCGACAAAACGAUGGCGCCUCCAUAAACAUUUAUGGGCCAAAGGGACUUCGCAGAUUCCUUCGACUUGCUCUUGCAUUAUCAAGAGCUAAUUUAAGCUACACUUAUGCUGUUCAUGAGUUGAUACUAGAAGAAAAACAUUGUCCUCCAAAUUGGCAAGACUGGGCAUGUUUAGAGGCUGAUAUAACUCGAGAUCCCCCAUUAUUUUGUGAACGUUCUGGUAGAGACAUUUUUGCGAACAGUGAUGGAUUCUGGUAUAAUGUUACAAAUAAUGAAGAGAACUGUGAAAUGGUGCAUGCAGUGUCUAUAAAACAUACGAUUCCUUCCGUAGGUUGGCUGAUAAUAAAGCCGGAUCAUGCACCUUCCUUGUGUGCUGAAACAGCUAUAAAAUUAGGCGUUCCCAAAGGACGAUUAAUGGGUGAACUGAAACGAGGUAAGACAGUUGUCAUUGAUGGUAAAACAGUUCGACCUGAAGAUGUGUUGAAACCGCGUUUAAGAGGUUGUCGUAUCGCAAUUAUGGGGGAUACGUAUGAUUCUUCUGAACUUUUACGUCUUAUGCAGGUUUUGCAUACUGCAAAUCAAAUUACUUCUAUAACUUUGGAUACCCUUGUACAUGAAGCUACUUUAGACGACAGUUUAUAUGAGGAUGCAUUGAGCAAAGGUCAUUCUGUACCAAGAGUUGUAAUGAAAUUAGCCUGUCAACUCAAUGUUCGUCAGUUAGUUUUAACACAUUUCAGUCAUAGAUAUGAUCGAAUAGAUUCUCUAGAUGAAAACACUAUAAAAAGUGAAAUUGGUGAACAGGUGAAUCAUUCAAAGAAAUCUAAAAAUGAUAAGAAAAACAAACCUAGUUUACAAAUUAUCUUAGAUCAAGCCAAAUCUACAGAUUUCAGUGGAGAUAUCAUUUUGGCUGAUGAUCAACUUUUAGUGAAAAUCCCCCCUGUAACACAAUAACAAUAUUAGUAUGUAAAGAUUGUUUUUCUGUUUCAUGAAUUCAAAUUACUACUGAGGAAUAUAUACAGUUGUUUUUAACCGAACUAAUUCUUUCUAAAUAUCACUUAAGUAUCUGUGGAUAAGAUUUACUUCUGAUCUCCAAUAAAAGAUCGAUCUGAGCCCUUUACAAUCAUUUAAAGUCACCCAUAUCCCAUCUCACUGGUAUAUAAGUAAAUUUAGCUGAUAGUUCCUCAACAAGAUCGAAGUGUUAACUUGGCUAGCACUAACUCUAAGUAUCAUAGGAAUUUAGCAAUCUGGAUGAGAUUUGUCAGGGUUUUUCAAACCUGAUGAACCGAAAGAUUAGACUAUCAAAAUUUCGGGGUUUUUUAAGAAGCAACUAAUUAGAAAAAAAAGAACAUGAAGCUGUCGCUCAUCCAAGGGUAGCGUUGCGUGGUCUACAAGCGAAUUCGAAAGCAAAUGUCUCGUAGUAACCAAAGCCAUAAGAUUUGGGAAAUUCUGUGAAUUUGAGUAGCGUCUGUCU